AGCCCAGAACAGACAAACCAAACUCUGAUGGACUUUGAAUGUACAUUUAUUCUUACAAGCUUCUUAUAAUCUGCAACUUCAUCGCUAGGUGACACUAAAUCCUACACACUGGACCUUUAACUUUUAUACAAUAUUAUAUAAUACUUUGAUACUUUUUGAUCAUGUUUGUCCAUUUUUUUUUCAGAGCAGAAUAUUUUCACAUACUGACAUUGUUGCUAGAGGAUCUAUAAUAUCAUUGUACCACUUUGAAUUAGUCCAGGGGGAGAUGUAUUGUCGGCACAGGUGAGGAAAGUCUGAUGUCAGUAAUAGCUGAUAAGCACAUGGCUGUUUUAAUGUGCACCUCCUGCCAUUGUGCUGGCUGGACUGACUCCCUUCCUCCCCUGACUCUCUGCCUUGCUGUGAUUUACUUCCAGUAAAGAUCAUCAGCUUUAUCCGGGGAGGCCCUUGAGCCUCUACUACUACUUAACUCACUAAUAUUUCAACUGGUCUCCCAACUGUGACCAGUGUGACGUUAAAUGGUAUUAAGGUGCAUGCCGGAAAACAAGUGUCAGACCACAAACUUGCCUAUGGUAUGCGUUGACGUAUCAGGAUUGUGCGUGAAGUUUCCUCUCCCACAUGUUUUUAUGGGGGUGUUUUUGUUUCCCUCCUCUCCCUGCUUUACAGAUAAAGAGCACAACGCUCUGAUUUUCCAUCUUAUUGCCAUAUAUAUACUUCAUAGAGACACCGAGAAAGGGAGAGACGGACAGAGGGACAGAUAGUAAUGGUCAUUUAAACCAUCUCUCUCAUACACAUCCAGUGUCAGCCAGGCAAUUCAAAGCACAGUGGACAACAGAUACUGAAGCAACCGCUCAUGGAUUACACUUGGAAGAAGGCGAGCGGUGUGACUUUUCACCUCUAGUGCACCCUCUUCCCACCCUUUCUCUCCUCCUUCUUCGGUCUUUGUGUCUCAGGUCUGUGAGCAGUGAUGGGGGACUGGAGUCUCCUGGGGAAUUUCCUAGAGGAGGUCCAGGAACACUCCACCUCGGUCGGGAAGGUCUGGCUCACCAUCCUCUUCAUCUUUCGCAUCCUGGUGCUGGGCACGGCAGCUGAGUCCUCCUGGGGCGACGAGCAGAGCGAUUUCCUGUGUGACACUCAGCAGCCCGGUUGCACCAACGUUUGUUAUGACAGCGCCUUCCCCAUCGCACACAUCCGCUACUGGGUGCUGCAGAUUGUCUUUGUCUCCACGCCGUCCCUCAUCUACAUGGGCCAUGCCAUGCACAUUGUGCGCAGGGAGGAGAAGAAGAAGAAGAAGGAGCAGGAGGAAAGGGAGGCGAGAGGGGAAGGUGAAGGAGACCUGGAGGGAGAGAAAGAAUACCUCCAGCAGAAGGAGAGUGGAAAAGGUUUCACAUCUGAUGGGACUGGCCGUGUUCGCCUGAAAGGAGCGUUGCUGCAGACUUACAUGCUGAGCAUCCUGCUCCGUACAGUGAUGGAGGUGAUAUUUAUUGUGGUUCAGUACAUGAUCUACGGGGUGUUCCUCAAUGCGUUGUACCUGUGCCAGCGUUGGCCCUGCCCCAACCCUGUGAACUGCUACAUGUCCCGGCCCACAGAGAAGAAUGUCUUCAUCGUAUUCAUGCUGGUGGUGGCUGGGGUGUCUCUGCUGCUCUCCGUGUUGGAGCUCUAUAACCUCGGCUGGAAGAGCAUCAGGAGGUGUGUACACAAGAAGGUGAUACAGAGGAACAACCAAAGAACUGUGACCGUGGCCGUAUCUGCAGCCUUGGAGCCCAACAGUCCACCACGGCCCUCAGCCUCCUGCACCCCACCCCCUGACUUCAGCCAGUGUCUGGCAGCCCAGAGCUCCAUGAACCCCAUGACCUCCAUGGCCUCUCAUCCCUUCAACAACAGGAUGGCGCUGCAGCAGAACUCGGUUAACUUGGCCACAGAGCGCAAUCACAGCUGCGACAACGUGGAGGACGAGGAAGACUUCCUGAGGCUGAGAUACGAACAGGCGCUCACGGAGCUGCCCAACAGCUGCUCGCCAUCUCCUCUGCUGCACUCCGGCUACAUGAGGGACAAACGCCGCCUGAGUAAGACCAGCGGGAGCAGCAGCCGGGCUCGCCAAGAUGACCUGGCGGUAUAGACACCCAACCAGAAAGUUUGGCUGACAGGGAGGAGAGGAAGGAAGCAGGGCUGAACUUUCGGGGUCAGAAAGAUUGAUUUUGGAAGACACAGUGAGGAGUGAUAUUUCAGAUGCAAACUGGCACUGAAGCCUGACACUAUAUAGAGGAUGGACUAAAUGUCCUCUUUACAGAGACAAUGAGAUCCGUGAGUGGACUGUGUAAACUUGACAUGUGCGAGCUCUGUGAGCAGCAUUCAGCAUUGAAAAAAAAACUGACAACCAAACUGCAAAAGAAAAAUAAUUUUGAAAUGAGAACAGGGUAACAGGAGUGAUGCCUGAAUAUUGCACAGUUUAAGUUAAAGCCAAAACCUAACAUGAUUAAUGUGAGAUGACUUAGGGAAUCAUUUCAUUAUAAUGCAAAAAUAUGACACACAUCUCAACUAUAUUCAAUAAUUACAGAUUUGUGAAUUUAAAACGCACAACCAACAGUUUAUUUCCCACCCUGCAGGAAAAAAAUGAGAGCAUUUGCAUUAAGAGAAAAACGGGACUUAAUGUGUAAUAAACUGUGAAGCUUGCUGGUAUAUAAAUUGGAUGUUUUUUAUGCAGAGUAUUUCCAGUGAAUCAAGUGCCUUAACAAGCGUGAAAAUAUAUAUAUUUUUCCCAAAAGCCAUAGCAAAGACUGUAAAUUCAAAUGAAGCCAUCUGUUGACUUGCAAACCAGAUUGCACUCCAUCCGCAGGUCAACAAACAUAAAAUGUACUAAACUCACUUUACAGUUUGAAAAUAGUGUGAGUAAAAUCCAUUAUAUAUUUGACCAGAGCCUUUGUGUGCAGACAUGAUGAGAGAAUGUAGUUUGUUUUAGGAUUUUCCUUUUGAGAGAGAAUCAAGGGGGAAAAAACAAAAAAUACAGAAGAGGUCCUGCUCGGAUGCUGUUACGAGGAGAUCCAGCCACUGGGUGGCAACAUUGCACUUACAGUAUGUUUUUCUCUCCUGGAGCUAUUGUGUAAAUAUUAAAUUUGUCCCUAUGCAAUGCACAGUGUAUGUUUCAGUUGAUGUCUUUGAAUGUAUUUUAUUUCAUUUACAGUGUUCUUUCCAUAUACAGAAUCAUUUUACAGUUUGUGUAUGACAGCAGUUUGACGUCAUCGACUGCAACCGAGGGGUUUGAAGUUUAAUCCUACAUAUUUCCCACAGCAAACAUUCAGCCUACCGUACGUUCACUGCAGCUUUUGGUUCUUUCACACAGACCUUUAUGCAAUAAAUGUCACCACCAACCCAUCACGGUUUAAUAAAUCAUCAACUGUACAA